CCUCAGUCCGCCUCCUCAGUCGAGCGAGCGGGAGGUGCCGUCUGCCGUCGUGUGGCGUGUGGCCGUGUGCUGUCUCUGCUGCUGUGCUCAGCGUGAACGAGCCGUUCCUCGUCGCUGCAAAGAGGAGUGUGAGCCGAGCUGUGAGACCCUCCUAACCCCCUGGUUCUGACGCGCACACGACAGUCAUUCUUACGAGCCAGCUGGUCCGCGGUCUGUCGCCGCUUCUGUACAAAGACCCAUGGAGACGCUACCGGAUGACGUGUGGCUGCUGGUGCUGGAGAAGCUGAUGAGGUCAACGGUCGACCGGGACAUCUUCAACUGCCGCCUCGUGUGCAAGAGGCUCGCCGUCCUGGUCUUGCACCCCUCUCUGUGGCGAGGUCGUACUCUGCGUGGUGUGUCCUCUCCUCCUGUAUGUGCGUGCCCCGUGCUGCGCCUGGUGCCGUGCCUCGAGAAAAUGCUUUUGCACCUCCCUGAAGAGGGAUGCCGCCAGUGGAGCUACGCAUCGACCAGGUGCGCCGCGGCAAAGUUGGCGAUCAACGUGAAUAAAGGUACCUCAUACGCCGCCGCGGUAAUCUGCAGGCAAGAGAUGCUAGGGCGGCUGAAGCGCGUUGUCGUGUACUUCGACCCUGAUGCUGACGAUGGCGCGUUAAGUGAAGUCUCCGUGCUGCUCGGCACGUUGGCGUCGACAUCCCGCUUGGAAAGGCUUUGUGUCGUGGUGUAUGCCGCAAAGAAGCCAAUGCCAACCACACCCGCCCCCUUUCUGGCCAGCACCACAGUCGCAUCGUCACUGAGGAAGUUCCGGUGCACCCUCUCCCCGUUGUUUGAGCCGUUCGUGAGGUUCAUCCUGUCCGAGCACGCCGCCACCCUCGAGAAGGUUGACCUGGGGGAGUCCGAUUCUAGCUUGGCGUUCAGCUCGACCGCGCCCCUGCUGGCCGGCGUGACGAACCUCAGCAAGCUGACAUGCUCCUGUCUGCCCGGGCUGGAGGUCCUGGCAACCUGUAAGACACUCAGGGUCCUGGAGCUCAACGUCCACACCAGGAGUCUUAACCGGCAGACCGUCGCGGGGGUGGCCAAGCUCCUCCGGCGUGCCGAACACCUCCGCGAAGUGAAGCUGGAGUACUGGCCCGCGGUGCGUAGCGUCGCCGACGUCGGCGCGGAUCUCGUCUCUGCUCUGGCCGCGUCCGGAAGGUCGCGCGUUGAGACUCUGCUCAUCUACAACUAUAUUUUGCGCCCUGACGGUGUCGAGAAUGCCCCCCUGCUUCAGGUGGUGGCCAGAGCUCUGCCGUCCCUUUCGGCGCUCCGGCGCCUGAGUUUAGAAGAGAACGCUACGAACCUGGACGACCUUCUGCUGGCCAUCACGCCCGACGUGGCACCCUCGUUGCAGAGAGUUGAGCUGAAACUGAUGGGGAAGGACUGCGCUCACUCGUGGCUGCACUGUGACACGGUCAAGACCGUCAUGUCGGUGAAUCCCUCACUUCAUUUACUGUUACAUGAUUAUGUCGUCAAAAGAUACUGUACUGAUAAUGAAGAGCGUUGCCAAGCAUGUAAACUGGAGUGCCACGAAGAAAUAAUGGCCCGUAGUAGGUAUUGGCACCCCCUUUGCCUUUUCUCUCAUGACCCUAUGGCCGCAUGUUUGGAGAACCACACUAAACGUUCGUACGAGGAUUGGAUCCAUUUGCCUCCAUGAAAUGUGUAAUAUUAAAGGAUUUGUUUGUUUUUCGUUUGCAACUUCUUGUUUUCUUUCUUUUGCAAAGUUCUUGUUUUUUGUAAAAAAAAAUAAUAUGAUAUCGUGUAAUGAAUUAAAGGCCGGUUGCUUUUUUCACUCAGAAA